AUGUCAAGUUUUGGCACUCAUAGUGUACAUUUCCCCUCGUCCUCCUCUAUGCAAACCCCUUUUGAUCUACCUACAGACAUAGUGGCCAUCAUGGAGAGGUACAACAAUGAAAUGGCCGACUGUUUUAUGGCUAAGGCUAAGAAGAUCUGUCAUGAUUUUGGUCGAGGUGGAGACGAGAGGGAGAAUGGGGAUGCAAGAGAUGUGAUCUACCGCAGGGCGCAGAAGUUGGCACCUGAUGUUCUGGUGAUGGGAAGCCAUGGUUACAGCCUUAUCAAGAGACUAGUGAUUGGUGAAAUGUGGCAAGGCGUGAGCUAUCAUUGUGCUCAAAAUGUCAAGUGCCCUGUGUUGGUAGUGAAGAGACCAACAUCUAGCAGGAAUAACUAA